UUACAAAAAAUUUGGAUUAUUUAAUUUUGUCAAUUCAUUGGAUUUGAAUUUAGUACGUCCACUGAAUGCACAAACUUCUAUUUUUUUCGGAAAAGCUGAUUAUUCGAUUAACCGGAUUACCAACUAAUGUUCUUUGUCUUUUUUUAAUCUUGUGUAUUAGAGAAAGAUAAAAAAUAAACAGCUGGUGAAUGGAUCAUCGAUACCAAAUACGCCUUUCGAUUUGUCAAGGUCAUGUUUAUUUACAUCAAUGAAGUCAGCUGCUCCCCAGACAAGAAUUCAAAGUUCUCUUUAAAAUAAUUGCUAAUUUAUUAAUUAUUUUCCAUAAAUUUUAAUUUCUCCAGAUUAUUAACUGAUUAUUUCGUUCAAUUGCGAAACAUUUCUAGUGCAGUGUCGCUUUAGAAAUUCUCAAAUAAACACAGGAAAAGAGUUGUGAUAGUGAUUGGAUUCUCAUAUAAUGAUUGUACAAGUCCCAAGAUUGGCUAAAAAAUGCUUGAAGGCUUAGUUGCAUGGGCCCUAAACAACUAUUUAGGCAAAUACGUUCAGCUAAAUACUGAUCAGCUUAGCAUUGCCUUACUAUCAGGCAAAGUAGAACUAGAAAAUGUACCACUAAAAACCGACGCCUUGAGUCAACUAGGCUUACCCAUCCAGAUCCGUUCAGGAUUCAUAGGAAAAGUAAAACUACAGGUGCCUGUUAGACAAAUCCGAUCUGCACCAUGGGUUAUUGCAUUUGAACAAUUGUAUGUGGUGGCCAGUCCCUUGCCAUUAGAACAAUGGGACCAAGAUAAAGAAAAAGCUGUGAGACAUGACCUAAAAAUAUCAGCUUUGGAUAAUUUAGAGGCCAAAUGGCGCAUGGAAAAAGACUUGAACGACACCAAUUACUAUGCGUCUAGCUAUUUUUCUUGGUACAGUUACAGCACUGGUUUUGUAUCUGAAAUACUCGAAAAUUUACAACUUAAAAUCAAAGAUGUCCAUAUUCGCUAUGAAGAUUCCUACAGCAUUCCAGGCAAAUCUGUGGCAUUUGGCAUUACAAUUGACUCUCUUACGGCCCAAAGUUGCGACAGCAACUGGACACCGGGGCUUAUGCAAUCAGCUCAAGGCACUCAUUCUUUUAAACUAUUGGAACUUGAUGCGUUCGCCAUGUAUUGCAUGCUUUUUGAACCUAGUCAGAGUUUUGUUAACUUGACUGUCAAAGAAUUAGCAGAAGCAAUGUCCACUUUGGAAUCGAAAAAGACAAUAAAAGAUUAUAUAGUACCUUCAGUAAGUGCACAGGCGCACUUGAAAAGAAACAGAAGCCUGCAACCGCUCAGGUCAAGCUCCACUCCUAGGAUUAUCUGUGAUUUAAUUUUAGAUGAAGUACCUUUUACUUUAGUUGAUUGGCAAUACAACCAAAUAGUUACCUGCAUAAAAGGCUUGGAAAAUAUAUCCAGAGUCAGAGCCUAUCGUAGAUAUAAGCCUUGCAAAUCGGUUAAAGAAGACCCUAAAGCUUGGUGGCGAUAUGCUAUAAGCAGCCUUUAUCCGGGAGGACAACCGAAUAUUUGCCAGACAAGGCCUACAUGGGAAUCUUGUUUGGUGAAUGCAAAGCAAAAUGUUAGUUACGUGCAAGUUUAUAAAAAGCUUCUGGUCACACCAACUACAGCCUUGACAGCUGAAGAAACCAAAAUCAAAUAUGAAGUAGAGUGGACAAGGGAGUACGAGGAACUCAAAUCUCUUAGAGAGGUUGCAAUGAGUACAGUCACAAUACCAGCCACAGUUGCCACCCAAAACCGUUCCAAUGGCAGAAGCAUGUUGGAAAGUUGGUUUCCACAAUGGAUGGGCUGGUACGCUUCAUCCACCGAAAGUGCUGCACCAAAUCCGGAAACUAAACAGCUAGAAGGAGAAAUAUUACAGGUUUUAGCUGACACAGCUGAAAACAACACAGUCCUAAAACGCGACGCUGUUUUUGGCCAAUUUACAUUUUGCCUUAAAAAUGGCACCCUCAGUUUGUGUACAAUGGAUCAAGAAGUUAACAAAACUGACCCAAUGAUAGAGCUACAAUUCAAAAAUCUAUCCCUUACCAUCACAAGUAAACCGCGCACAUCCUCCCAUCAAGUAGAACUUAGUUUAGAUGCUCUCUACUUAAAAGACAAAAUAACAAGAGACACUCUAUUUCCUAUACUGGUGGGUCCUCCUGGCCACGAUAGGACAUCAAUGGUUCGUCAAAAGCUAUCCGGAAACGCACCAAGUCCAAGAAAUUACAGUUUCAACAAACUAGAAGAAAUCGAACAACAACUAUUUUAUUUAGUCUACGAAAAGAAGCCUCCUCAUUCUGGCUGCGAUUACAGGCUAAACAUGAAAACCAAAUGUCUAGAUGUCGUGUAUCAACCUAAUGCUGUAAAGUGGCUUGUGAAUUUUGUGUGUUUUCCCCAUCAGAGGGACAUAACGCAAUCUAGGAUAGAGGCUAUGAAAUCGAAAACUAAAAAAGAGCUGCUCAAAAAUUGGGAACAAAUUUUAGAAGGCCGAGUGGCGACUCGUAACGUCUGGGAAUUAGAGCUUAACAUAUCGGCACCUCAGAUUAUUUUCGUUGAAGACUUUACCGAUCCAAAUUCGGCAGUGGCCGUUAUUGAUUUCGGUAGGUUGCAGCUGAAAAAUAACGUUUCAAGCACCGAGCCACCGCAGAAAUCUGAAUUUAUUGCCAAAGAAAGUGAAGAUGAUGAAACAUUUUUAACUCCAUGCUCCACCCCUCCAGUAAGUGAAAACAGUGGAGAUUCUGAAGAACAAACCUUAGAACAAAUAUCACUAAUUGAAGACUUCAAAUUAGAUGAAACGAAUUUGCAUAAUAAACUUUAUGAUUGCUACAGUUUAGAUUUAAGCGACUUACAAAUACUCAUAGGUAAAGCCAAAGAAAAUUGGAGGUUUGCUUUAAAUAAAGGUUCAUCAACCCUACACGUAGUAGACAGAUUCAACAUCUCCUUGCAAAUAGAAAGGCGGGUAAUUUACACAAGUGAUCCCCUAUUUCCGAGCCUCACCCUCAACGCCAACUUACCUAAAUUAGUGGUACAUUUAAACGAAAACAAAAUCUGCUCAGCAAGAAAUCUUAUUCAUUUAAUCAUGUCCACUGGACUACCAAGCCCUUUCAACACCCAAGAAUCUUUCGAAAUAGAUACAGUAGAUUAUGCUAGAGACAAUGAAGACAGCAUCAGCUUGGACACAAGCGUAGAAAUGUCCAGAUUAUUAAUGAUGCAAUUCACAAUAGACCAAAUGUCUUUGGAACUACAAAGUCGAGGCAGAUCAGUGGCCGAACUCCAAGUAGCCAGCGUCAAAGUGGCUUUUGCAAAACGCGCCGAAGAUACCAGCAUAACUUUAACUGUUCACAGUUUAUUGUUAGUGGACGCCCUACAAACCUUUGGUCCAGAUUUUGAGCUUUUAGUAGCCAGUCACAAGCAUGUGGGCAUGGAUUCAAUGUCUGGUAGUAUUCGAGAUAGUGAGCCAACUUCGCCUACUUCGCCAGGAAGUCCCGACCCAAACGCAGUGCGACAAGGAGCUACUUCUCCUGUAUCGCUUAGUCAAGCUUUGAGUACUUUGUCUUCUGAUCCUCCUAAAUGGCCUGGAAGUUUAAGGAAUGGGGUUUUUAUGGAUAGUGAGGCACUUAUUACUAUUGAAGUAUGUUUGGUGGCUGGUGUUGAGCCUAUGCAUAUUGCCAAUGUUCAAUUUAAUAAUUUGGAUAUAAUAGCCAAUCAAGAAACUAUAGUAGAACUAGUAGGCUUUGUAAGAAGGGUAUUUCCAAAAUCUCAAAGGGCUUCAGGAAUGAAUUUGCCUUCUGUGAUUCCGGCAAGUGUUAGAGAAUCAACUGAAUCUUUAUUGGAAGAUAAUACAAGAUCUAUAACUGGAACUACAGAACUUACGUUUGAUUUCCACCGUCUAAACGUCUUGCUUCUAAGAGGUGUAGUAAGAGAUGGUGUUUUGCAUGGUAGAAAAAUUUGCACUGCUACAAUGAGUGAAGCUAAAAUACAAGCAACUGUGGCUGAGAAAUUGGAAGUGGAAGGUUCACUAGGUGGGCUUCAGGUUCUAGAUCUAACACCAGAAGGCCAAAUGCACCAAAGAAUAAUAAGCGUGGGCCGAGAUCCGCUUAUAGAAAUGCCCCAUCCUCUCUACAUGAUGCAAGGGCCUCAAGAAGACGACAGGAAAGCUUUUAGUUUCAAAGUAAUCAGAAAUCUAAGAAAAUCCAAAGACAUUGCUGAAGUAACCAUUAGAAUGGCUUCGUUAUGGUACACUCAUUCGCCCAUGUUUGUUGUUGAACUACAAAGCUGUGCCACAGAGUUUAAGCAAUAUUUAACCAAUUUGGCUCGGUCUAUUCGUAAUGCAGCUACCGAUAUGGCUUUGGGGCUGGUUCACGCACGCGCCGAAGCCUUAGCUCAGUCUCUCAGUAUGAAUAAACGUUUGCCAAGUUCAAUUUAUGGCAGCACCCUGUCUUUUUCGGAAAGCGUUUCACCUGGAAAACGCAGAAGGAGAAGCAGUAGCAAUGAGGCUAGUGGAUAUGCUUCAGCAAAAGAUACUAUGCCACAGACUCCUUACAGUCCUGGGGAGGAAGAGUCUUUUACGAUUGAUGUCAACUUGGAUAUUGAACUAGACAGUCCUGUUUUGGUAUUACCGAGGUCCAAUUCCAGCCCCGAAGUGUUUGUAGCCCAUUUGGGUAAAAUAAACAUAUCGAAUAAUACAUUAAAUUGUCCUGUUAACAAUGGAUAUGCUUAUGAUGAUUGUAGAAAGGAGUAUUACGAAAUUGAGGUUAAAGAUAUGAAUAUAUUUUCUCUAAAUACAAAAUCCAGAAGAGUGCCUGGGCCAAUUAUAAGCAGGCCAGAAGUGUUGUACAGUUGCAAAAGUCAAGCCAAGCCAAUUUUACACGACACAAAGUUACAAGUGAAAUUAACUAGAGAGAUUCACAUGGGGGCUGAUAGUGAAUCAAUCCUGUUGGAAUAUGAAAAUGAGGAAUCACAACUUGAAAAACCUUCUGAACGUAUGGAAAUCUCUGGCAGCAUUGUUACAGCUUUAAAAGUGUCUCUUACAAGAUCCCAAUACAUGCAAGUUUUAGAUACUCUACAAUUUGUUACGUCUUCGCCUACUUUAAGCGAGUUUCACAAUAUUUUAGAGCUAAAUUUGCGACAACAGCCUGUUUUAAGUAAUAUUUGUGAAGAAGAUACAGGUGUUACAACAUUAAAUAUGGAUCCUCACGUACGAGCUAAAUUAUUUUCACGUACCCCUACCCAUAAUAACAUUAAUGGCCCUUCAGAUCGCUUAAAAAUGUCAAUAAAACUAAACUUCGAAGUUCCUGUUUUCACUGUAGAGCUUCGCGGCGAUGGCCCAAAUGGCGAACAAGGCUUAGUCGAUCUGAGUUUCCGAGAUUUCGUUUUCGACUAUGAAAAAUACCAAAUAUUUGAAACAAACAUACAAGUCUCAUUGAGAUCCAUAUUCAUGGAGGAUUUACUUCAGCCUGAAGGUUCCAGGCAACGUGCCAUGGUAAUAUCUUCUAGCAAUCUGGAGCCUCCUCCAAAUACCAGCUGCAUGUCGCGAUCUUGUCCGGAUAUGACUUACAACUAUCAUAUGAGGUCUGUUUCACAUGGAUCUUUGCCAGAUCAUUUGGAAGCUGCUAAUGUUUUUGGGGUUGGGAAUUUUGGACAACAUAAAACAAAUGGCUAUAUUGCAGCUAACUAUUGCCCCACUACUCCACCGCCUAGUCCUAGUCACGCACAACCUCGUCCACAAAGAAAUUUGGUGCUAAUAUCCAGCCUUUUGGUGGACCCUGCUGCACCCAAUUUUGACACUAAAUAUCACUCUACACAAAGAUCUACUUCGGUAGACUUUAACUGUUUGGAUUUGGUUAUAAGUGUGCCUUCUUGGGUAGUAGUGAUUGAUUUUUUUAGUGACAACACUAGUGCCAAUAAGUACGGUUCAAAUGUGAAUUUGACUAGUGGCAGUGAGGGGAGUAAAGUUGCUAGAGGGCAAAAAAAUGCCAAGGUGGUUACAAAUAUAACAGUUUGUUCACUAACAGUUGUCCUAGUAAAACCUGACAGAGAUAUAGCAAAAGCCAACAUAUCAAAUGUAGAAAUUACAGUGAAAACCAAAGGGUUACAUAAACGGGUUAAAGGCAAAUUAGGUUCAAUGUCUUUAUUAGACUUGACGCUUCACGGGCAACUUUACAAAGAAAGAUUUUUGACAUCUGGUAAAGAAGCUCUACAAUUCAAAUACGAAAGACAACCUCCUAAUGGUAAUCAAGAAUUCGACGCCCAAUUAAUCCUAGAUAUGGCUUCCGUAAUGUAUGUACACACCAAAAGGUUUGUAGCAGAAAUUCAAGCAUUUUUUACCAAGUUUACUGAAAAGCAAGAGACUGUUUUGAAAGGUAUUCAAGCUGCUACAAGUGGAAAAACUACAUCUCGUAACCCUCUACGGCUAUCCCUUAUUCUUAAAGCUGGUUCACCUAUUAUCCUAUUGCCUGUCAGCUCGAAAUCUACUAAUCUAGCCAUAAUAGAUUUGGGCAAGCUUCUAGUAACAAACACCUUUAAAUUUUCUGGAGAUGAAGGCACUAUAAGCACCCAAACAGAGCAAAAUAAAAAAUGCUUAUUAGAAGUAAUGCAUAUUGAAUUGGAAAACAUGGAUCUGUAUACUGGAAUUAAAGAAAGCGAAUUGAGUCCCACUAAAAAUAAUAACAGCUUCAAGUUUGGCUCGUCAUUUAUAAUGCGCAAAGGGCCAUCAUUACUAACAAAGAAAUUCCAGUUGAAGCUGCAAUAUGAAAGAAACUUACACAAAGACCUUUGCCAUAUAGUGCCAGACUCUAGCAUCUAUGGACAUUUAUCCACGCUGGAUUGUGUUUUGGAUUUGCAACAAUAUAAACUUAUAAGAGGAUUAUUGGCUUAUAAUUUGGGAGAGGACACUGAAAGGAUACAUCCUUCUGUGCCAGGACAAAAUGUUAUGUUGCACGAAGAACUACAAGAAGAAUGGAUUAUUUCCUCAUUGAAACUAGACAUGCAAAAUGUUUCUGUGAGAUUAGUCAAGUCCCAUAAGCAUCAUUCACCUUUGACUUGUAUCAAUUUCAUUAAAUCCCAUUUGACAAUGGAAACUUUCAGUAAUCUUAGCCAGGAUAUUGAUUUGGUGUCUCAGGAAAUAUUAAUAGUUGAUACAAGAUUUCACGGAAGCGAACCUGAAUCUCGCUGCAACGUGUUUACAACUAUUUUGCAGCCAAUCAAAGAAGCCAGCAAUAAAGAUUUAGUGCAAGCAGAAGUGCACUCAAGACGUCGUCAGGAUCAUACUAAAGUUACUAUUUUGUUGAAUAAUAUGAGAUUGAUGGCAAUAUUUGAUUGGUGGGAAGCGGUCAGGGAGUAUAUUUUUCAAGAAAUUGACAAUGUGCAGGCCAGCCCUGAGCGUCAAGCAGGCAGAAUGCCUUCUAACCCACCAAAAGCACAAUCUUUCGAGUUAAAAUUAAAUGUUACCGAUUCUGAAUUGGUUCUAGUUGAGAAUUCGGCUCAGUGGGAUUCGAACGCAGUAAUUCUCAAGAGUACAACAGUAAUAAAAUAUAGACCCAACCAAAAAAAACCCUUAUCUUGCAGCCUCAACAACUGCGAAAUGUUCUCUUGCGUUUUGGGCAAAGAAAACGAAACCGCUCUUUCCAUUAUAGACCCCAUUACCCUCAACGUAGACUUAGUUAAAGAUGGUUUAUUAGAAGUACAACUGCAAUUCCUCACUGUUCGUUUAUCGUAUCACGACAUGUGCAUGUUCAAGCAAAUGCUGGAUUCGUUGCCUAAACAAAUGCCUUCGAGCAAAGACAAGCAAAUAAAUGCGAAACACAAAAACCAAAUUCAAACUUUGACUUCGCUAGGCUUUAAGCAUCUGGAUUGUGUUCAAGCUUUGGAAUUGAGCGAUAAUAGAUUGGACGAUGCUGCAAUUUGGCUGACGCAAAACGCUAAAGAUUUUGUGGAUGUUUCUGAAGAAAAUUCACUUAACAUUCAUGCAGUUGAAGUAAAAGCUAAUUGCAUAUCGAUUUGUAUUAUUGAUGAUUGCGGAGACUCUGAUGUUCCUUUGUUAGAAUUAUCGUUGUCGGAUUUGGAACUGAGACAAGUUAUCCCGAAAUGGGAUGUUAAUAAUCCAGCACCUUUAACAGCCACUUUGCAUUGUAGUUUGGCUGGGAAUUAUUACAAUAGGGUUUUAUCUGGCUGGGAGCCUAUUAUUGAACCUUGGGUGUGUAAAAUCUCUUGGGAACAAGCUCAAAAUUUAAUUAAAAAUCGCUUAAUAAUUCGUGUUUUGUCUGAGCAUACUUUCAAUAUAAAUAUUACCUCGACACUAAUGAGCCUUUAUAAGCAAGUAAAAGAAAACUGGACGUCUGAUUUAAUGAAAACGUCUCAAGGAAAACUACGAUCUCCUUUUGUGCCGUUUGCCUUAAAAAACGACACAGGAAGCCCUUUAAAAUUCACCACUCACAUUAGUGAGUUAAAUGUGCCCAAUAGGCCGGUAGUUCAACAUAAUGAAGACAAUUGGAUUUUGGCAGAGCCUGGAGAGACUGUGCCCUUUUCUUUUACUACAAGAGACAAAUUGAGGCAUCAAAAUUCUCACAAACUACGCAUGCAUCAGUUAGGAGUUAAAGUUGAAGGUUGGCAAUGUAUUGAGCCAGUGACUGUCGAUAAAGUUGGGACCUAUUUUAGAGAUACCCUUGCUGAAGCUCAAAAUAAAUAUUCUGACGUUCCAUCAGCCAGGAUAGUAUUUGAUAUAGCCCUAGAAGGUUGUGCAAGAAAAUUAGUCACCAUAAGAUCAGCUUUGACAAUAAUCAACAAUUUAUCUCAGUUGGUUGAAGUGAAGCUGGAAAGCAGGUUGCCACAUGAUAGUGUGACCUUAUGGAUACCAAGUAAAUCAUUCGUAAUUGACCCAAAAGCAACUCUAGCAGUACCACUGGCCCACACGCAUUCCCAACUGCAAAUCCGCCCUACAGGAUUAUUGCAUCAAUACACCUACUCUUCCACUGCGGUGGCUUGGGAUCAAAUGCUCAACAACGCCGAUAGGAUGUUCGUUUCGGGCACGUGUCACACGCACAAGGGACACAACUUUAGGUUCUGCGCAGAAAUCGUCAAGGAAAAAGUGCUCAUAGAGCGCAGCACGCGCAUAGAACAACCUGCACAUCGGAUUAUUUUGUAUCCUACAGUUAAGUUGGUUAACUUAUUGCCGGUGGACAUGCAGUUUUUUAUGGCAGGAGAAAAGGGAAUCGUGAAAGCCGGACAAAACGCUUCAUUGACCAACGUGGAUACAGAUGAGACAGUGGAGCUGGAAAUCAGGAUUGAAAACUUCAGUACAUGCUCUAACAUACUCAUACCAUUUGGUACUUCAGAAUUUUCAGGCAGGAUACGAUUAGAGGACAGUAAUAAGCGAAAACUAUAUCUGAUUGCUGAAAUAUUUGUCAAUAGAGGUGCAAAAUUGAAAAUCAACAUUUAUGCCCCCUAUUGGAUAAUGAACAAAACAGGCUUACCAUUAGUCUUCAAACAAUCUGGAACCUCUACGGAAUCAGCUGGACAAUUUGAUGAACACGAACAAGCUAGAAUGAUAUCACCAUUGCUUUUUAGCUUUUCUGAUCAGGACGCUAACAGUACAAUUAACGCUAGAGUGGGCAGACGAGUUGUUUGGGAUGGAACGGCACAAUGGUGCUCAAAUUUCCAUGCACGUAAAGGCACCCAAUACAGAAAAUUGCACGUGACAAUGCGCGACAGUAAAACUGAUCGAGUUUUUAUUAUUGGCAUUGAAGUGCGACAAGGCAGAGGCAAAUAUAGAGGCACCCACAUUAUUUCUAUAUCUCCAAGGUAUCAGUUACACAAUAGGAGUUCUUAUAAGUUGGUGUUUGCUCAAUCAUAUCUUGUAAAAGAAGCGAAUGAUAAUCGUAUAAGUCAAAAAACUUUCCUAAGGGCUUUGCCUAACUCUUACAUGCCCUUUCACUGGUGCAGUUUAGACAAAGACCAACUUUUAUGUGUUUCAAUUGAAGAUAUCCCAGACUGCUGUUGGUCGGGGGGUUUUAAAAUCGACACCAAUAGUUCAAUGCACAUUAGCAUCAGAGAUCCUAAUUCUCGAGUGUAUUUCUUACGUCUAGAAGUUGUACUACAAAGUGCCACAUUUUACGUAAUAUUCACUGAUGCAGACACGAUGCCGCCGCCAAUAAGAAUAGACAAUUUUUCAGAGGUUGCAAUUAAAUUUGGGCAAAGUAGUUUUAUCGAUGUGAUGCAUAGUACUGCUAGGGCGCACUCGAGUGUUCCUUAUGCUUGGGACGAGCCCACAAAAUCUCAAUACAUCAAACUGAUAGCGCCAGGAGGCAUGUCAAGAACUUGUGAUAUGAAUAAUUUAGGUACUGCAACUGAGUUGACUUAUGAGAAUUUUAUUUAUAUUGCUUUUGUGGGCACGUUUAAAAAUGCUCAUAAAAUAAAAGACCCUCAUGAUGUAGAAUCUCAAGAGUUGGUUUUGGAUGUAGGCAAAAAAAACAAAGUAUUUCUUGCCAGUAAAAUUCACGGGCAACGAUCACAAUUGUGGAGAAUGACUUCUAAAGGAUAUUUGCAGCACGAAGGAAGCAGCCCUCCAAAUCAUCCAGAUGCCCCAAGAUCGCAAAGUGACAUUUUGGUUUUAGAUAUUGCUGAUACCGCUCCUCAGCCCAAUUAUUAUUCAAGCCAUUUUAGUGAUAAAUAUGGUAGUAGUGCAGGACAUCAAAAAAUGACUUAUUCUGUUGGUAGACUCACUUUAAGACGCGUCGAUCCCAGGAGACUUUCCACACAACGCUGGAGAUUUACUGAAAAUGGCCGUUUGUGCUGUGAUCAUUACAAUAUGUGCGUGCAAUCUGAAGAUGGGAUUUAUGGCCUUAGAGAAGGUAGUGCAGCAGUUCUUGGACUACCACUGCCUAUAUGCCAUAAGUUAACGGACAAAGGAGUGCCUUUGGAACAAGCAGUCGAAUUUCAACGCCUACGGCCUGGCUCAGGCACAUUGUCUGUAAAAAUCAGCAUGGACGGGCCAACGCAAGUGAUUACAAUCAAGGAUGUUCAAGAAACGCGCACCUACGCUUUGCCUGACGACCGAGAAUGGGGUACCAUAAGUCAAAGACCAAAAUUAUCACUUCCAGAUGAGACAAUUAAUACUGGCAAGAAUGAGUUACAGUUUAAUUUGGAUCUUAAAGGUAUUGGAAUCAGUGUGGUUUGCAGAAAAGCACCAGAAGAACUGUUGUACGCACAUUUUUCAAAUAUAAUUUCUGAAACUGUAAUUACAUCAGAUUGCAAACAAUUCUGUGUCAGUGUUAGGGACAUUCAAAUUGACAAUCAGUUAUUAGACGCAACAGUGCCAGUAGUUUUGUAUGUAACCCCUCCAAGAACUAGCGACGAAGCUACAGACUUUUUGCCUGCAAUCGAUUUGAAAUCCGAAAUUCAACCACAACUGAACGAAAACGCUGUCAUUUUCAAGCACCUGAUUCUAAGGCUGAAAAAGAUAACUGCAAUUAUUGAAGAAAAAUUAUUGCUCAAAGUACUCGCCUUUAUUGGCUUUCAUUCUAACGAGGAAGAGGUCAUUAAUAGAGAUGAAAGUGAUUACGAAACGCAACGACUGUUGACUGAAGUAUCAGCUGCAAGUUCAAAGAGGUACUACUUUGGAGUAUUGAAACUCAUACCGGACGAAAUAAGACUGAGCGUGCGCACUGCUGGAAAAUUAUCCAAGCAAUUGCAAAGGAUUAAGAAAAAACUGGGACUCACUUUGAUAAAAUUUGAAGAUGCUGCCAUACUCCUACAACCAUUUGACAGAAAACAUCCAUUUGAAACUAGCCAGUUUUUGUUUAAGAGUAUUAUAAAGCAUUUUAAAGACGAACUGAUGUGGCAAGCUGGUAUAAUAUUUGGCUCAAUCGAUUUCAUUGGUAACCCUUUAGGCUUGAUGAACGAUGUUUCGGAAGGCUUAUCUGGAUUUAUUUUCGAAGGCAACGUCAAAGCCUUAGUGAAAAACGUCACCCACGGAUUAUCAAACUCAGCAGCCAAAGUUACCGAGUCGCUGAGCGAUGGCUUAGGAAAAAUGGCUAUGGAUGAUUAUCAUGAGGAGAUGAGAUUGAAAAUAAUCAGACAAGUUGAAACUGGUAGAUCUUCUGACCACAUUCUAGCAGGUUUUAAAGGUUUGGCUUUUGGUUUUUUGGGAGGCGCCACAGGGAUUUUUAAGCAGGUUUACGAGGGAGCAUCGAAUGAAGGAUUUCCAGGCGUUUUGUCUGGUUUUGGUAAAGGUGUUGUGGGUGCCUUUACCAAACCUGUUGUGGGUGUUUUGGAUUUUGCUUCGGAAACUGCCAGAGCUGUCCGAGAUUCGAGCAGAAGUAAGUUUACGCCGGAAAGGAAACGUUUGUCCAGGUGCGUGAGAGGUCCUGGAAGCUUACUACCGAGAUAUGAUGCCAAGCAAAGUCAAGGACAGCAAUAUUUGUAUAUAGUUAACGAUAAAAAUUAUGAGGAAAAAUUGUUAGCCUGUCAAAUUUUGGGCAACGAAUCAGAGCAUCUUUUGUGUAUAGUUUCUGAUCGUAUGAUUAGGAUUGUCACAACUUCGAAGUUAUCUGAAUUGACAUCUGUUAUUGAGUGUUCUCUUAGUGACUUAGAAACGUGUAACGUCAUCAAAGAAAAAGAAGCGGGCGAUUCGCGAUACUACAUCGAAAUCGUGAUGCAUUACUCUAGCGGUAACGCCAUUUUGGGCAACGCCGACCCGAUCAAACGACCACGGGUCAGAUGCAGGAGCGCCGAAUUGGCUCUGACCACCGCCCAGCAAAUCAACUACGCCAAAACCCUUUACGUGGAACAAUUGUACACGUUGACGAUCGACGAAAACGUUUCGAUAUUGGAAGACUGAAUUUGUACGUAGGAAAAGGUAAUAAUAUAUAAGGUGUAAAUCUGUAUAGAGAAAAUAUACGAUGUUUUGCAAAAAGAGGGGCCGCGUUAUGUCUUGACAUAUUCAUUGUGAUAGUAUUUUCUUGGAGGGAAAAUGUAGGUAUUAUUUUUAUAAAGCAAUAGGUACUUUUAAUAGUAAAUAUACAAGGCUUGUUUUUGUUUUCUUGUUAUGUAAAAAAUAAAUGUUUUAUUUAUUUAUUUAUUUUUUAUGUGUCUCUAUUGGCCAACAUUUUUAUUUAUUUUGGACCAAUAAUUGUUUUUAAACAAAGUACUCCAUUAAUAGGGAUCGUUAUUGCACUUCUUUGUUACCAAGUCCCAAUCUUUUUUUUCUCAAACUUUAUAUAGUUAAGAUGCAUUUUGUUCUGUUUAAAUUGUUUUUAGUUAACGUCAUUUUGAAAUUAAAAAAAAAGUACUCAAAAAAAUAUUUUAAUUCCCCCAUACAUAACAAAAAUAUUAAAUUUUCAGCCGGUUUUAAUAGUUACUUGGCCCACCAUUGGUGAGGCUCCCUCUCCACAUGCCACACAAUUACAUUUUGACGGCACAGCUACUUUUUUAGUCCAUUUAUAGCCGUCUUCGCAUUCCAGCUCUACAUCUAGCGGUUGGUAUUUGAUUGCCUGACAACAAGAGCAUAC